UUGAUCACUCUUGUGCUGUUGUUCUCGUUCACUUGUGGGAUUGCACACGCGAUCCGCGUCGUGCGGAUCUGGCAGAUACGUCAACUCACUCGAGAGCGCUUCAAGAUCCCUGGUGGCUGUUGCGAGGUCUACUGCGUAUCCUUUUGGUUCCCAUGCUGCACUCUCGCACAGAUGGCUACGCACAUCAAGAGCUACAAACUCGGGACCUGCAACUUCGGCCCGCAAGACACUCUCCCCCCGUACAAGCAAGCAUAA